AUGUUGGGUGUGUUCAGCAGCUCCGUCGUGUCCCCACCGGACGAACUCGUUGCAGCCGGCAGUCGAACACCGUCUCCGAAAACAACAUCGGCGGCUCUGCUUAAGCGUUUCACUGAGAGCAACGCGUCAACAGUGUCAGUCGAAGUCGGAGAUCAAGUCCGGUUUGCUUAUACCCACCAGAACGAGUCCUCGUUGCAGCCGAGAAUGUUUGGUGUAAAGGAUGAGAUAUUCUGCAUAUUUGAGGGAGCUCUUGACAACUUAGGGAGCUUAAGACAACAAUAUGGACUUGCUAAAUCUGCUAAUGAAGUAGUUCUGGUGAUUGAAGCUUACAAAGCUUUACGCGACAGAGCACCUUAUCCUCCUAACCAUGUUGUUGGUCAUCUCAGUGGCGACUUUGCUUUCAUACUCUUCGACAAAUCCACUUCUACCCUCUUUGUUGCAUCUGAUCAAUUUGGUAAGGUGCCACUGUUUUGGGGUAUAACUGCCGAUGGAUAUGUAGUGUUUGCUGAUGAUGCUGAAUUGCUUAAAGGUGCUUGUGGCAAGUCACUCGCUUCUUUCCCUCAAGGAUGUUUCUACUCGACCGCUGUUGGAGGAUUGAUGUGCUAUGAGAAUCCUAAAAAUAAGAUUACUGCUGUGCCAGCCAAAGAAGAAGAAAUCUGGGGUGCAACCUUCAAAGUUGAAGGUGCAACAGUUGUAGCAGCCAGAGAGUGA